AUGUAUCCUGAAAUUACAUCAUUAUUGAGCUAUUAUAUUGUGUUCUAUCUAUCCUAUUCUAUCGGAUCCAACAGGCAGUUUUUUUCUCUGCACGGAAAAUUCCACCUUCUAAAUAUGUCCGAUACGGAACACAAUAAUUCACCCAACCAUAUUUCUUCCCAAAAUAAUACAGCAAACAAUCAACCUACAUCUUUCCUGGAGGACCUUAACACCGCAUGGUUGCCAUUCCAUGAAAACGAAAACUUACCUACAAGUAUUUACAAGGGCAAUAAUACCUUACUGUCAGACGAUAGACUACUAAUGCUCCAGAUUAUCCCCGGAAUAAGCUUAUCAA